AUGGAGGGCGCCGGGGGCGCGAACGACAAGAAAAAGAUAAGUUCUGAACGUCGAAAAGAGAAGUCUAGAGAUGCAGCCAGAUCUCGUCGAAGUAAAGAGUCUGAAGUUUUUUAUGAGCUUGCUCAUCAGUUGCCACUCCCUCAUAAUGUAAGCUCGCAUCUUGAUAAGGCUUCUGUUAUGAGGCUCACCAUCAGCUAUUUGCGUGUGAGGAAACUUCUGGAUGCUGGUGAUUUGGAUAUUGAAGAUGAAAUGAAGGCACAGAUGAAUUGCUUUUAUUUGAAAGCCUUGGAUGGUUUUGUUAUGGUUCUCACAGAUGAUGGUGACAUGAUUUACAUUUCUGAUAAUGUGAACAAAUACAUGGGAUUAACUCAGUUUGAACUAACUGGACACAGUGUGUUUGAUUUUACUCAUCCAUGUGACCAUGAGGAAAUGAGAGAAAUGCUUACACACAGAAAUGGCCUUGUAAAAAAGGGUAAAGAGCAAAAUACACAGCGGAGCUUUUUUCUCAGAAUGAAGUGUACCCUAACUAGCCGGGGGAGAACUAUGAACAUAAAAUCUGCAACAUGGAAAGUACUUCACUGCACAGGCCAUAUUCAUGUAUACGAUACCAACAGUAACCAAUCUCAGUGUGGGUAUAAGAAACCACCAAUGACAUGCUUGGUGCUGAUUUGUGAACCCAUUCCUCAUCCAUCAAAUAUUGAAAUUCCUUUAGACAGCAAGACUUUUCUCAGUCGUCACAGUCUGGAUAUGAAAUUUUCUUAUUGUGAUGAAAGAAUUACAGAAUUGAUGGGAUAUGAGCCAGAAGAACUUUUGGGCCGCUCAAUUUAUGAAUAUUAUCAUGCCUUGGACUCUGACCAUCUGACCAAAACUCAUCAUGAUAUGUUUACUAAAGGACAAGUCACAACAGGACAGUACAGAAUGCUUGCCAAAAGAGGUGGAUAUGUCUGGAUUGAAACUCAAGCAACUGUCAUAUAUAACACUAAGAACUCUCAGCCCCAGUGCAUUGUAUGUGUAAAUUAUGUUGUGAGUGGUAUUAUUCAGCACGACUUGAUUUUCUCCCUUCAACAAACAGAAUGUGUCCUCAAACCUGUUGAAUCUUCAGACAUGAAAAUGACUCAGCUAUUCACCAAAGUUGAAUCAGAAGAUACAAGCAGUCUCUUUGAUAAACUUAAGAAGGAGCCUGAUGCUUUAACUUUGCUGGCCCCAGCUGCUGGAGACACAAUCAUAUCUUUAGAUUUUGGCAGCAAUGACACAGAGACUGAUGACCAACAACUUGAGGAAGUUCCAUUGUAUAAUGAUGUAAUGCUUCCCUCAUCUAAUGAGAAAUUGCAGAAUAUAAAUUUGGCAAUGUCUCCAUUACCUGCCUCUGAAACUCCAAAGCCACUUAGAAGUAGUGCUGACCCUGCACUCAACCAAGAAGUUGCGUUAAAGUUAGAACCAAAUCCAGAGUCACUGGAACUUUCUUUUACCAUGCCCCAGAUUCAAGAUCAGCCAGCUAGUCCUUCUGAUGGAAGCACCAGACAAAGUUCACCUGAGCCUAACAGUCCCAGUGAAUAUUGUUUUGAUGUGGAUAGUGAUAUGGUCAAUGAAUUCAAGUUGGAAUUGGUAGAGAAACUUUUUGCUGAAGAUACAGAAGCAAAGAAUCCAUUUUCCACUCAGGACACUGAUUUAGACUUGGAGAUGUUAGCUCCUUAUAUCCCAAUGGAUGAUGACUUCCAGUUACGUUCCUUUGAUCAGUUGUCACCACUGGAAAACAGUUCUACAAGUCCUCAAAGUACAAGCACAAAUACAGUAUUCCAGCCCGCUCAGAUGCAAGAGCCUCCUGUAGCCACUGCCACUACCACAGCCACCAGUGAUGAAUUGAAAACAGUGACAAAAGAUGGUAUGGAAGACAUUAAAAUACUGAUUGCGUUUCCAUCUCCUCCCCACGUACCUAAAGAACCUCCUUGUGCCACAACGUCACCAUAUAGUGAUACUGGAAGUCGGACAGCCUCACCCAGCAGAGCAGGACAAGGAGUCAUAGAACAGACAGAAAAGUCUCAUCCAAGAAGCCCUAAUGUGUUAUCUGUCGCUUUGAGUCAAAGAACUACUGCUCCUGAGGAAGAACUAAAUCCAAAGAUACUAGCUUUGCAGAAUGCUCAGAGAAAGCGAAAAAUUGAACAUGAUGGUUCACUUUUUCAAGCAGUAGGAAUUGGAACAUUAUUACAGCAACCAGAUGAUCGUGCAACUACCACAUCACUUUCUUGGAAACGUGUAAAAGGAUGCAAAUCUAGUGAACAGAAUGGAAUGGAGCAAAAGACAAUUAUUUUAAUACCCUCUGAUUUAGCAUGUAGACUGCUGGGGCAAUCAAUGGAUGAGAGUGGGCUGCCACAGCUGACCAGUUACGAUUGUGAAGUUAAUGCUCCUGUACAAGGCAGCAGAAACCUACUGCAGGGCGAAGAACUACUCAGAGCUUUGGAUCAAGUUAACUGA